AUGUCUAAAAGAAGUAGUUUUCACAGAGCUCCUAAAUUUAAGCCUGAAGUGAAGGUGAUAAAAAAUUUGAAACAACCUAUAAAUAUGUCUUUUAGGAAAGAGAAAGUUGAAGUGUUGCCUGAACCUAUCAAGUCUGCUGCAGAUAAAAAGCUAUACAAGACGAUAAGACUGGAAAAUGGCCUAACAGCUUUACUGAUCUCGGAUCCUACCCGUCCUGCUACUGCUAACGAGACAACCUCUAGUGAGGAAGAAAGUAGUGGAUCUGAUGACACCACAGACCCUGAGAGUGACAGUGGAAAGUCAGGCCAGUCUGCAGCAAGUGAUCAUCAUGGGACCAAAAGAAGAGAAUUUGAUGAGGAAAAAUUGGCGGCGUGUGCACUUUGCGUCGGCGUGGGCAGUUACAGCGACCCAGCGGAUAUACAGGGCCUGGCGCAUUUCGUUGAACACAUGGUCUUCAUGGGCAGCGCGAAGUACCCUAAGGAGAAUGAGUUCGAUUCAUUUGUAAAGAAAAAGGGCGGUUCAGACAACGCAUCAACCGACUGCGAAGUGACGACUUUUUAUUUCGAAAUACAAGAGAAGAAUUUACCGCGUGCUAUGGAUAUGUUCAGCCAAUUCUUUGUCAGCCCCCUCAUGAUGAAGGAGGCCAUGCAGCGUGAAAGAGAGGCCAUCGAGUCUGAGUUCGCAAUAGCAUCCCCAUCAGACUCAAACCGCAAAGACCAGUUGCUGUCCAGCCUGUUUCCGGAAGGUCAUCCAGCACGGACGUUCACAUGGGGUAACCUUCGCAGCCUCCGUGAUGACAUAAAUGAUGAUGAAAAGUUACAUAAAGCUGCCCACGAAUUUAGGAAACGACAUUACAGUGCGCAUCGCAUGACUGUUGCCGUCCAGGCGCGUAUGGACCUAUCCGCUCUAGAGCAACUGGUAGCGACCACAUUCGGCCAAAUCCCUACAAAUAAAUUGCCAUCGGAUGACUUUAGCGGUUAUGCCUUCCAACCUGACUCUGUAACAGAAGAAUUCCGCAGCAUUUACUACGUUAAACCUGUGGGAGAUACCACAGAGGUCCAUUUAACAUGGUGUAUGCGAUCGUUGCUGCGCGAGUACGAGUCAAAACCUCACCAAUACGUAUCGUAUUUGCUAGGACAUGAAGGGAAGGGCAGUUUGCUCUCAUAUCUAAGGAAGAAGGUUUGGGCGUUAGCUAUAUACACAGGUAAUUCUGAAAGCGGCAUUGACUACACAUCUAUAUACAGCCUGUUCUCUACACAAGUCGUGCUCACUAAACAAGGACUGGAUCACAUUGACGAGUUGAAAAAAAAAGUCAUUGACUACACAUCUAUAUACAGCCUGUUCUCUACACAAGUCGUGCUCACUAAACAAGGACUGGAUCACAUUGACGAGGUAUUGGAAGCAAUAUUCUCAUAUAUAAAUAUGCUGAAACAAAUUGGACCUACAGAAAGAAUAUACGACGAAAUAAAGACAAUAGAAGAGACAAGUUUCAGAUUCGAAGAAGAAUCACAACCGUCAGAGUACGUUGAAACACUUGCAGAAAAUAUGCACUUCUAUCCGCCAGAACACUACAUCACUGGUGAUAGACUAUAUUAUAAAUAUGACCCCAAGGGCAUAACAGAUUUAUUGGAUUGCAUGAGUGCAGAUAAAGUAAACAUAAUGAUAUUGUCGAAUAAACAUUCCACGCCUAUAACCUACGAUUCUAAGGAAAAAUGGUUCGGCACUGAGUACAAGAAAAUGGAUAUCCCCAGCAAGUGGCUUGAACGUUGGAUAAACGCAGACCCAUAUCCCCAGUUUCACUUACCUGAGAAGAACAUCUACCUCACUACCAACUUCGACCUGAUAGAACCCGACCCUGUUUACAAAGAAGAAGCUGAGGAGCUUGGUGUCGAGUUGUCGAAUAUUUCUGUGAAAGAUAUCAGUAAGAAAAUUGAAAGUAGUAAAAAGAAAGUUAAGGAAUUUAAACAUGGCGAUUUGAUUGCUACUGUUAAUAACUUCAGACUAGACCAACCGAACCUUUUCCGAAAGAAUCGUCACAUGGAGUUGUGGUACAAGCCAGACUUUAAGUUUCGUUUUCCCACAGCCUUACUGUAUUUCUACUUCAUCACACCGCUAAGUCUGAAGUCACCUCGAGAGUCAUGUUUACUUGAUCUAUGGACAGAUGUGCUGCAACAAGGGCUCAAGGAAGACGUGUAUCCAGCCAACAUGGCAGACCUCUCUCACUCACUGUAUGUCGGCGACAAAGGACUGACUAUGAAGGUCAGCGGGUAUAGUGAAAAUCUACAUUUACUAGUGGAGCUGAUAACUCGAGGGAUGCAGACGUCGACGCAUAACAUGACGGACGCGAUGUUCGAGGCGGUGCGCGAGGUGCGCGCGCGCACCUACCACAACGUGCUCAUCAAACCGCACAAGCUUGCCAAGGACGUUCGUAUGAACAUCUUACUAAAACCGUACGUGUCUCCCCGCGAAAAGGCGACCAUUGUACAUGAUCUAACGCUAACUGAUCUAAAGCAAUUCAGCGAAAAACUCCUCAGCACCAUGUACUGCCAGAUCCUGAUGCAAGGCAACGUAGCGUGGUACGAGGCCAUCAAAAUAGCGGACAACGUGCUCAAUAACAUAAAAUGGAAUGGACUUAGUGAAGAGGAAAUACCUGAGGUGAAGGUAGUCCAGCUGCCGUUAGGUGAGCGUAAGAUCCGCGUGAUGAGCUUCAAUGACCAGUCAACUAACAGCAUUGUGACGAACUACUACCAGGGAGAGGCCACCACGGCGCGAGACACCGCCACGCUCGAAGUGCUCAUGCUACUGAUGGAGGAGCCGGUGUUCGACUCCCUACGUACGAAGGAGCAGCUCGGAUACAGCGUGUUCAGCAUGAUGCGAUACACUUUUGGCGUGUUAGGCUUCUCCGUCACUGUCAACACUCAGGUCGACAAAUUUAGUGUAUCGCACGUAGACACGCGGGUUGAAACGUUCCUAAAGAAGUUCGCUCGCGAUAUGAAACGGCUCAACGAGCGCACUCUCGCCGCCACCAAACAAUCGCUCGUGCAACUCAAACAUACCACUGAUUACGAGCUUAAGGAGGAGGUUGAAAGAAAUUGGCGUGAGAUUGUGAGCAGGGAGUACCAAUUUCGCCGGCUGUUUUUGGAGGCCGAGGCGAUAGAUAAAAUUAAAUUGUCGGACAUCAGGAGUUGGGUGGAAAACCACUUCUCUACGGGCAACAAGUCACAGUUCAGAAAACUGUCCGUACAGAUAAUGGGCCACAAAGGAGAGAACAGCACUAUUGCAAAGGUACAGAACAAAAACUACAGCCUCGUGUACUUAGACGCAAGCCAGCCCAUCGGAGACACCACGGAGAGCAACACAGACUUCAUCAAAAAUAUCGACUUGUUCACACGGGAGUUGUCUGUCAUCUCUGUGCCUAAAGUUGAUCUGACACAGUGUUAA